CUGCAGGACACUUUGCUGCAGAGAGACGAGGAGCUGAUGCGACUUCAGGACGAGAACAAAACGCUCAGAGAGUUCCUCGGGUCGUCCUUCGUCAGGAACCUCCAGCAGAGAGCAAAGAAGCUCCGCCCUGAUGGUUGCAGGCAGCUGAAGAGAAACCCGCCCGAUGACGGACUCUUCCAGACUUGCAGUCCUUCUCUUCAUUUCCCUCCGCCUGUCAGCAAGAGGGUCUGCAGGAACCUGAGCAAAGAGUUCAGCUCCUCUUCCUCCUCAUCUUCCUCCUCUUCCUCCUCAGAACCCAACCUGGACCUCUGGGUUCUCCGGACGCUGGGCCUGAAGGACCGGGACACCAUCGACACGUCCAGCGAGUCCUCGUCUGGAUUCAGCACUUCGUUUUAUGACUCUUCCUCCUCCGAAUACUCCCUGAACUCCUCCUUCAGCUUCUGCCCAACAUCCACACCUCAAACAGGCUACACCAACGAAGAAGAAGAAGAAGUCAAGUCACCUCGGUGCAGCACAACUUCUCCACAACAAAACUCAAGAACUAUCUUUCUAUCUCCAACGUUACCGGAAAAACUGCCUUUCUCUCCAACUUCGGAUCAUAUCUGCUGCCUCGCUGCUUCGACUAGAGUUCCCACUCAUUCAUCCAAUCGUCCGGUGUACUGGUCUCCAUCAGAGGACCCAGUUGAGUUCAGUCCUCCAGCACAGAGAGUCCCGUUCUCCCCCAUCGAGACUUCUGGAUCUCAGACGCCUCGCAGUGAGAAGGACUUGGCGUUCAGGAUGUCAAUCAGUCCGUCCAGCAGCGUGAAGACUCACAGCUUCCCUCAGGGACAGGCCUUCGUCAGGAGGGACACCGGGGGGGGGAGGUUCAACUUCACCUGGGUGCCGACGCAAGGACACUAGGAGGUUCAACUUCACCUGGGUGCCGACGCAAGGACACUAGGAGGUUCAACUUCACUUGGGUGCCGACGCAAGGACACUAGGAGGUUCAACUUCACUUGGGUGCCGACGCAAGGACACUAGGAGGUUCAACUUCACCU